AUGGCGGUCACUGAAGUAAUCGCGAGCCAUGAGGAGAAGCGUCUCCGUGAAUUCUAUCAGAUACAUAGGCGGAAUGUGGCCGACGCGUUGGCAUACAUAUCGGCGUAUGACAAAAAACCGGGCCGUGUGACUGCUGUUGCGCUUGGAAUGGAAAAGGGUGGAUUGGUUGUGUGGAUAGCAGCUAAUCAGACGGUGGAUCCCGAAGUCGAGAAUUUCCUAACCAUCGUGCUCGGUCGGCUUGAUAAAAUCGCCCGUGGUGACGAGUCGGAGUGUGAUCGUUUUGUUGAUUACGUCCUUGAGUUCAACUGGAAGAAAGUUCAGAUAUAUCACAGUAAAUUCCGUGGUUCAUGGGCUAGAUACUGCGAAUCUCAUCCGCCCACAGGCCACAACAUUCUUCAAAAGUUGGAAAGCUGGGUUCAAGGGACAUUCCCCAAGGACGGUGAGAAGCAGCAGGAGAAUAUGGUGAACCUAGCGAGGAAGUGCCACGAGGAACGCAAACGACACGGUGGAGUGUUUGAUAUGCUGAAGGAAGCUUCAACGCAGGGUAUUAUGUCUCCAGAGAUGCAUGAUCAGUUACGCAACCUGCUUCACAAGGUUGGGAAACAUAUCACUUUGUGCCGAAAAUUGAUUCACGCUAGAAAGUCGCUGUCCGAGGACUUCAAGUAUGGUGCUGUGGUGAAGCCAAUUAAAGUCUCUCCGCGGCGACCUGAUACAACUGAACGGGACUAUUCCUUUGAUAACAUCACAAAUCGGAUAUUCCGAAAUGAAAGUGAGAAGCAGACAUUUUACCACCACGUUAAUCAAUUUUAUGAUCGUGACAUGGCCUCGGAGAAAUUGCAGACUUACGCCAAUAGUCCCCGAUUCCGAGUGCAUGCAGAGAUUCAGCUGAUCAGCUACUUUGAUACAAAUGGCACCCCGCUACUCGAGGAAGGAAAUCCCUAUAUUGGCUGUAGUAAGCCUGCUUGUUACCUAUGUUACAAGUAUAUUACCGAUCAUCCCCGACAGUGGUUUCAGCCACCUUCCCAUCAAAAGCUUUAUUACGCUUGGAGUCUUCCAAAACCGCAUGGGAAGGAGAAUCGUGCAGAGUUCUUGGCUACUACAACAGAAGUCCUUCAACGAAAACUACGAGAAGAUAUUGCGAAGAAGCGGGGGCAGAGAUCGGUAUGUGACGAUUCGACGGCAGGGGUCACCUCGGUUCUACGUACUGGUGGAAUGAAGAGAGAGGAAUAUGCCAACCCACGGUUGACCUCUGAGAAAGCGGUGGUAGCAGGGAACGCUGGAAUUGUGUCUAGGAGAGCGCUAAGGGUUGUAGUAGGAGGAGCAGAAGGAAUUGGGAAGCCGGACCAUGAUGAUGAUGAUGAUGAUGAGGGUGGCGGUGGUGUAAGACUUCUUUAA